CUAAACUCUCGCGGGGACAUCGAGUCUUCAAUUUAAUACAGUUUUCCUGACUCUUUUGUCCUGCCUUCUUCUGCAUACUGUGAUCUCCGGUGCGCGAAGGCGGCAGACUUCGAUUUUUGAGACCCCAGAGCUAACUGGCUAUAACCUAAUGGCAAGUUGCAUGGCAAGUUGCAUGGAAAGUUAAGUCUGGGAUAGCAAAAAUUAAAGUCUGCCGCCUUCGCGCACCUUCUCGAAGGCUGAGGACAAAAGUGCGUUGAGGAAAACACCUGCAUUUCCGAUUUUGUCAUCCCCGCGGGAGUUAACAGCCUUUUCUUGUUCGCCACCUUGGCACUGUGGCAAAUCGGAAUGUGGCGGAACACACUCACUUUAUACGUGUCGUUGCUCCUUCAUUCUGGAUCACUCCAGGAGCAAAUAUACCCACAAAACUGCAUUCGGAAGGGAAAACUUGAGGGCGAGUAUUGCCGUAUUACACAGGAGGACGUCAACGCAGUUGUCUCUCCAUUUUCCUCUCCAUUUGGAGCUUGUGUUCCUUGGCCAUGUAAUUUUUUUCUAGGAGAAACUCCAGACUGUCAGCAUUAUGUUCAGGGUCCACAAAAUGUGGUCGUUGAGUUCCUGUCCAAUCCUGACCCCAAACAUGAGACAGCUAUUAUAUCAUGGAGCCCCAGUAAAUACGGAAUUGAGUUCUUACGAGGAUUUCAGGUUUCUCUACAUGCCUUGGGUGGGGCUCAGGUGGCAUGUCAGCUUUUCCUGCUGCAACAAAACCAGUCCUUAACACCAUCCCAUACCCAAAGGGUUUAUUACUCCGACCCCUUCCCCAUGUUGACUCUUGACACUCAGUAUGCAGUGACCGUAAUGGCAUUGCCAGUGCCUGAGAAGUGGGACGAAUUUUACCAGAAGAGUCAGUUCAGCACACGCACUUGCCCUGAGAAAAAUGGACUCGCAAAAUGCAAAAAAGACUGGUAUCCAACAUGCAUCAUUAUCGAGCAAAAUGGUCAUGACGUCAACGUAACCUUCAACCUUGCACCCCCAAAUCUACAGUUGAAUCAAUAUUUUUCAUCUUGCUAUGGUGGGGGUCAAAGAACAUACACAACAUUGGAACCAGACCUCAAAAAGAACCACACGCAUUUCACAUACCGAUUGCCCCAAUUGCCAUACUCUGCAGUAAAUUACACUUGUGAGAUAGCAGUUGAUAUAGUUGAUGCAGUCAAGAAAAAGUUUUAUGUUGAGAUACCGCCAACAACAGAUGUUGGAUCUCCAGAUGUGUUACAUCCAGAGAUCAACCCCCUCACGUCCCUGAUUCCUCUUGGCAUCCUCCUGGCCAUUACUCUGGCUACCCUCCUUGCAGUUAUGUGCAAGAGAAAACGGGACAAGCUAACCCAGAAGUGUGCACCUCCAGUGAACGCUUCUCCAGACAUUUAUCAGCAAUUCCUUGUCAAGCCGGAGGAACCGUGUGUGGCUGUGACCACUCCAGUCCAGAACUCCAUCCCCCCCAGCCUGCUCAUAGUCUAUUCAAGCGCUGAUGGUCCUGCUCACGUUCGGGUUGUCCUGCUUCUUGCGGCUUUCCUACAGAAGCAUAUGGCAAUUAAGGUUUUUCUGGAUCUGUGGGAGUCUCUCAGUCUGAUGGAGGAGGGUGUUCUGGGAUGGUACUGCAAGAAGAUGGCAGAGAGUGACUAUGUGCUGGUCAUCUGCUCCCCGGGCCUCCAUCUGAGACCACAGGAGAACAAAGAAGACCCUCCAGAUCAAAACAUGUCCUCAGCCAUCGUGGCUAUGAUCGGUGAAGAGCUCUGCCGUACAAAAGCCAAGGGCCAGGACCUGUCCAGAUACAUGACCGCGAUGUUUGACUACUCUAAGGAGACGGACGUGCCAGUGGUUUUUAGCCUGGCCUCCCACUACAGUCUCACCACGGACUUGCCCCUGCUCUUCUCCCACCUCCACGGGAUGGCCCUGCAGCAGCCUGGGACCUGCCUGCAGGUAGAGCACAUCUCUGAGGACUACUCCAGACUGCCUGCUGGGGAAGCACUACAGAGAGCCAUCCUGGAGGCUAAGUCUGAGCUCCGUGAACAACAUGAAUGUGAAGAUGAGAAAGGAGGACCCACUAUUACUACUACCACACAAGGAUUCAUUUCAUGAUUUUGAAUGUGUCUACAGUUAGGCUCAUACGUUUUUGAACCCAUGCUAAAGUUGGAUAAAAAUAGGAAUAUAAACUCGUCUUUUGGAAAUUGUUCUUAAUGCUUUAGAAUGAAAAAAUGAGGAAAUCUUUAAGGACACCACUUUUUUUUUUUUUUAAAAAAAAGGGUAGUUAUUUCAUGGAUCCAGGACACUAUGCUUCCUUAUAAAGUUCCCUUGGCCUUAGGAAUUAAAAUAGCCCCACAUCAUCACAUAUAUAUAAAACUAGAAAAGCACUCCUCUGCCUGAUUGUUCUUCCUAGGUUGUCAUACAUUUGAACCUUAACUAUUCAGAUCGCCACCAUGUGGCCAUACCAUGCCAUUACACCACUAAGCGAAAUACAUAAACGCCUCCGGAAUCCCGACAGUGAUACGGAUCACUCCUAAAAUUUGAUUGUUUCUUCCUUGGGUCAUUUCUGACCUUUCCUAAAAAUGUCAUCCAUCCAUUACUUUUUGAGUUAUCUUGCUAACAAACAGACAGACAAACAGACAGAUAAACAAACAGACAGAUGCCGGUCCCCGAUGAAAACAUAACCUCCUUGGCGGAGGUAAUAAUAAUAUAGGGGUGUGAAUACUUAUGACCCUAUUUUAAGGAAGACCAUUUAUUUAUUUACAAUGCAUUAUUCAUUCACAAAGUAAAUUGGUGUCCUUAAAGGUUGGAUAUUGCCCUCGUUUUUUUUACUUAAGGCAUUAAGAUCAAUUUCCAAAGGAUACUUUUAUAUUCCUCUUUUUAGUCAACUAGCAUGGGUUCAAAAACAUAUGAGCUUAACUGUAAGUGGACUCAGCGAUGCAGCACUAAAGGCAAGGUGGUCAAAUAUAUGGCUCGGGGGCCAGGUCCAGCCCACCAGCAGGAACAGAUAUUCAACUGUGUGAUAAGAGUUAUCUUUAUGAAAUGGCAAAGCAAAUAAGUCUAGUACAAGAACAAUCCUCAGGAAGGAAAAUCAUCAUCAUCAACCGUUUUUUAUUCAGGGAGAAAUUGACUGGCAUGAAGCUCUUUUACAGCAAUGCCCUUAGUUUACAAAACACACAACAAUAACAAUAAUCAAAAUAACAAAAAAAGAACAAAAGAAAACAAAAAUAUACAAAUAUUUUUAUAUUAUAAUAAAAAAAAUAGUAAGAAAAGAAGUACUCUCCAUGCUGGUGAAAAAUAUGAAAGACUGACAGAGGAUAGGGUAUUUCAAGAAAGAAAGAGCAGAAACAGCAGCAACAGCAGGCUUCUUUGCUCAUAAGUGGAUGUGAAAGAUAAAGGAGUGUAUUAUCAAUCAACAGUCUGAUGCAGGAAAGUUAUAAUGACCUUGACAAUGGCGGCCCUCACACCAGCCAACCCCCAGUUAACCAGCCAAAUGACCUGACUCGCAACAACAGAGUUGACCACAAAUAUGUUGCUGGUCCAGUACACUAGUAUAGCCCAUGAUCUUGCUGCUUGAACAAGCAUGUUAUUUAAUAAGUACAACACCUCAUGUUUUUUCUCCUUUGCACUUUUAAUGUAACACUGUAGUGGAUUUUUGAAAUGCCUUACAGGUUAAAACACUGAACACUGCCACUAUAAAGCUAGACAUCACAGUUUCUGUGAUGGCCGCCAUGUAUUGAACCUCAAUAGCUGUUUUGAUAGGCUUUGUGAAAGACUUGACUCAGUAAAUUAUAAAAUGUAAUUUGUAUAUGAAUUGUAUAAAAGUUAACUUUUUGUGGCAGGUAUAUUGCGGUUAUUCCACAGGCUAAUGUUCUCUUAAUUGAACCAAGUCUUCUUAUACUACAAAAUAAGCUUACUCUUGAGUGUGGUCAAUUUUUUUUAAUGAUUGGACUGAUUAUGAUUAACAUUCUAUUGAUAUUUUAAAUGUUGUAAAUUAGACUUUCCAAAAUCAGAUAUGUGUAUGUUGACAAUUAACAUUAUUUGUGAAGUUUGUGAAAAAAUGCUCAGUCUUGUCUGCAUGUAUGCCAUUUAUACAUCAACUGUGAAUAAAAGGACACGAUCCAUAUA